CGGAGUACGAGCUAAAUGAGAAGUAGAUUCUUGCAUAACCAGCGUUGUCGCGCAGUCUGUCGCAAACGAUCCACGCAGCCGGUUCCAAACUUCUCUGUAAGUCACAAAAUGACGGUCACCAAAGCAGUCUGUGUCCUUCAGGGCGAGCCAGUCAAGGGAACAUUGUAUUUUGAACAAGCGGAAGGUUCAAAUACAGUGAAAGUGACUGGAGAGGUUUCCGGUUUGCAGAAAGGCUUACACGGUUUUCAUGUUCAUGAAUUUGGCGAUAACACCAAUGGUUGCACAAGUGCAGGUGCCCACUUCAAUCCAUUAGGCAAGGAACAUGGUGGUCCAAGCCAUGCUGAACGUCAUGUUGGAGAUUUAGGAAACGUGGAGGCUGCUGACAAUGGUGUUGCUAAAGUCAACAUCUCUGAUUCCAAAAUCCAACUAUGUGGACCGCACAGUAUCAUUGGACGAACUCUUGUGGUCCAUGCUGAUCCUGAUGAUUUGGGUCAGGGCGGCCACGAGCUCUCGAAGACUACCGGCAAUGCUGGCGCUCGUUUAGCUUGCGGUGUCAUUGGUAUCACGAAGGCACAAUAAGUGCGUCGAAGAUUGAAAUGUUAAAAAAUGAAGGUUAUAUUAGAAAUAUGUUAUUUUCUUAUUAUUCGGCUUUGAACUCAGCUGCGUAAAGCUUUGUUCAAAUAUUAUUCCUUGUUUAUUGUAAUAAGAACAGCGAUCGAUUAUGGGUUUUGUUCUAUAAGAUAAUACAAAGAAAACGUAAUCAAAUGUUUUGAAUAAUGCAUGUUAUCGCUGAAACAUGAAAUAAAGAAUAUUAUUUUA